CUCACGUGUUGUCACGGCUGAUUAAUGUUAGCUUGACAUUUAGCUGGAUUCAGUGUUUUUCUUUCUUUUAAUCUGUGCUAUGACGUUAGCUCACCUGCUAGCUGGCAAUAACAAGCUAACAGCUAAUGUCAUGCUAACACACACACAUGCAGAAAAUCACAAUUUUUAAAUGUAAAAUACACAGUUGUGUUUCCUCGUCGUGAAGUGAAAUGGACAAAAUGCACUUCACAAGCCUCCUGAUUUACUGGAAUAUUAUUGUUGUCCACAUGUGACAAUAUGCAGGUAAUACACAGAUAUUUAUAUUUAUUAUUAUCCGACAAAAUAUAUUGAUAUGUUGCUUACACCUUCUAUGUGUAAAAUAUGUUUGCUGUUUAACAAGUGUUAAUCAUUUAAGCCCAAACCUUCACUCAGGAGCAAACAUCUGUCUUUAAUGUGACAUUUAUUUCUCUAUGGACUGAUGUUAUUCAUCAAGUUUUCAUCUGGAUAUAACUCUUGGUCGUAUAGCUCAGCCCUACUUUAACAAUAACUCCAUUCAAAGUGGAAUUGACAUAAAUCAAUAUUUGGUGUGAACACCCUUUGCCUUCAAAUUGGCACCAAUUCUCUCAUGUCGUCAGGACUUUCUGCUCCAGCUGUUGAUGAAGAUGGUUCUUUAUGACUCUGGCUGUGUCGUUGUCAUUCUGCGUUUUUUUUUAUUUCCACUGAAGGAUGUGUUUUCAUCUGUGUUUGUUUGUUUGUUUGAAAGUUGCUAUAAGGAUGUGAUAUUUAAACACCAUACAUUUCCCCCACCUAACAAAAGCUACUAUCAACGUGCUCGAUGACACAUUUUCAUCCAAAUAGCUCUUUGGGGUACUCUGGCUUGAUACUAUCACAUUCGAUUCUCUUUUGUAUUAGUAAUGAGAUCUAUUUAUGUCCCUUUGCUUGUCUCUUUUGUUUUUGUGGCUUACUAAUACUGGGGAUUGUUCAAGGAAGUGAGAUUGGUGACUUUGUGAGCCUGUACGAGGACAUGCACAGUAUAACACCACACUUCUACUCACACUACUAGUGAUAUGGGCCAGGGCAAAAUAAUUCCUCAGCUCAGAAUUAGCUUGGUUCCUGAAAUGAUCUUUACUGGUAAAUUGUGCAAUGCUGUCGCUACUCCUUAUUUAGACCCGAAUCCAUCAUAAUUAAACAACCCUAGAACACCUGAAAACAAAUCUCUCAUCUGAUAAUUAGUGUCAACUGUGUGCACCGGUUUCAAUGCAGUGAAUAGAUGGAUCUGUAGAUUGGCUUCCUCUACAUCUUGACUUCCUCAAGUGUGCACAAGAAUCGAGAUGAGUCAUAAGCGGCACAGCAUGGUCAGACUUGCAAUCAGACACACUUCUCCAGAGCCCAAACAGGAGCCACACAGAGAGAGCACCAUGAGCCUGGGUAGAGUGAUCUACACCUUGUUGGAGGUGCUCAUCGCUGUCAGCUGCUGCCUGGGAAACAUGCUGGUCAUAUUGGCUCUGUGGACCAGUAAGAGCCUUCAGCUGCCCACCUUCUGCCUCAUCGUCUCUCUGGCAGCCGCCGACUUCCUGGUGGGCUGUGUGGCCAUACCGCUGGCUGUGCUGGUGGACGGACGAAUGGUUACUUCAUUUCACACUUGUCAAUUCAUCUGCUGCGUGGUCAUCCUGCUGAUGUCGGUCUCAGUUUUGUGUCUUGCGGCUAUUGCUGUGGACCGUUACCUCCGCGUGUGUAUCCCCCUCAGGUACAAAAGGACAGUAACGCGGAGACAUUCGUGGCUUGUGGUAGCAGCAUGUUGGUUUAUUGCGAUACCGCUAAGCUUUGCUCCCAUGCUCGGAUGGUAUGACAACAAAACCUUGCCUUUCUCCUUCAACUCCACAAUUGUGUGCCAGUUUACAUCCGUUAUCCCCAUGGCAUACCUGGUUUACUUUGACUUCUUCCUCUGCACUUUGACACCGCUGUUGAUUAUGACCAUUUUGUACGGCCUGGUGUUUUACAUCAUCCGAGGAAGCCUCCGAGAGAAACCAGGCCACAGUUUUAAGAGACCAUCUCUGAACUACCUGAGGAAAGAGAAGCAGCUGGCCGGGUCCCUGGCUCUGGUCCUGGCUCUGUUUGCUCUGUCAUGGCUCCCGAUCCACAUCAUGAACUGCAUCGCUUACUUCACUGUUUCUGAGAACCUCCCCGAAACUGCUUUUCACGUUGGCAUCCUGCUCUCUCAUGCAAACUCGGCUGUGAACCCGGUGGUGUAUGCGUUCAAAAUACAGAAGAUAAGGAGAGCGUACCGGCAGAUCUGGACACGGUUCAUCGCAUGUGGGACUGAGAAUAAAGGAUCCCAGUCCGGUUCUGCUGAGAACAACAAUCACAGCAUCAACAGCGGGACCAAUGACGAAUAAAGGCAGAGUUCACUGUUUGUGAGUCUCUGUUCUUAAGGGCGAAGUUUGAGUGACUGAAGAAAGUAUGAAUAUAUUUAGGCAUGUGCACUGAGGCAUUUGUUAUCGCUGAUGUUUAGGAAUGUGUGUGCGUAUCUUUUUAGAGUGUGUGUGGGUGUUUGGGUGUGGGGUUGUUUGUGUGUUGUAAAAACUGCCGCACAGGAGAACAAAUAUGAACUUCCGCUUGUUUAAAAAGCUCUUGUUUUUAAACUCUCACUAUUUAACUCCAAGUUUCAUAUCACUGUUCUUUUGCUGUUUCUGUUUUCCCUAAGUUCCAGUUCUUCAUAUUCACUCUUGGAAAUUACCUUCACUGCCUCUUAUUGUAUGUUAACCAUGUGUGUCCGCACAAACUGAUUGUUGAAGUUAUUUUUAUAGCAUUUAUUUCAAAGUUGUACAAAUCUUCAUAUUUACUGAUGUGUUUAUUGUAUCGCUGAUACACAGGCAUAAAUUAUACAAAAAACAUAUAUAUAUCAAAAAUAAACUUAUUUUGCAGA